UGUGCACCAAUGGUGGAAGAGUUUUCUGUAAUCAAAAGUAUUUCCCACGAUAACUUUGUAUAUAACCAACUUGGAAAUGAUAUUGCUCUGCUGAGAUUGGACCGAAAGGUGGUCUUUAAAGAUCACAUUCGACCGAUUUGUCUACCUCUGUCCCCCGAAGUGCAAAAGUCAACUUCGUUUAUAGGUCAAUCUUACAUAUCUCUCAGAUGGAAACAGACCGGAAAAAUCCUGGAAGGCACUCUAAAUGAGGAAAAUGUGACUACGGAGCAGUGCCCUGUGGAUGCACAUCAAUCGUUUCUCUGUACCACCGAAAACACUGAAUGCCACGAAAACUCAGGAGGACCACUGAUUCGAUUGGGAAGGUACCUUAGAUCCACCCGACAGAUGAUGUUUGGACUGGCCAGCCAUGGAAAAGGACUUUGUGGUAAAGGUCAGAAGGCCUACUACACAAAUCUGUCCAUCUUUAUGCCCUGGAUACUUAAUACUCUAGCUGGAUUUUCCACUUUUUAA